GCCCGAUAAUGGCUGCAAUCCCCAUCUACUCAGCCUUAAAGGGAAGAUAAGGUUCAUAACAACUCAAUGUCUGGCUUUGAGAUCGCCGGUGCCGUACUUGGCGCUCUCCCGAUUGCUUUUGCCGCCUUCGGGAAGUUCCAAGAAGUCGAGGACAGUUUCCAUGUCAGAAGAGAGUAUAAAGAAUGCGAAUAUAACCUUAGAUGUUGCAAAACAUUUUUCAGGGCCCGUCUCAGGCUAUUAUUAUCAGAUUUAACUGAAGAUCAAGAGAGGAUAGGAGAGUUGUUAUCAGACCCGGGGGGUCACGGUUGGCACGACAAGGAUAUUACAGAUGUCCUCAUGCAUCGAUUGGGUGAAGACUCAUACAAACCUUUCAUGGAUUGUAUAGAGCAUACCAGAAAGACCCUGAAUGAUUUUGACGACGAGCUAGCUUUGGAAGCGGGCGUAAUACAAGAAUUUCUCCAAAAGCGAAAAACUCAAACGUCGAAGACUCGCUUGAGAGAAUUAGCUACGAAAAAUAACCUUCGAUUCCAGGCGUAUAAACUAAAAUUCAGUAGCAGGAGGAGCAUUCGCUCGAGACUGUUUGAAAAGCUGAAGCUGUAUGAUUCUCAACUAGAAGGAUUGCUGAAAAUGGGUGAAAAGGAGCCAGCUGCCGUUAAAGAUCGAAAGAUGGCCUUGAAAAUUGAUGGUUCAGCCUUAUGCAACUUUUGGAUACAAGCCAAUGUGUUUUUCAAAGCUCUUGCAUCUGCAUGGUGUUGCAAUUGUCACGAUCCACACAUUGUAAAGUUGCUGUUAGAACAUCGAACUAGCAAAGAAAAGAAGUUCAGUGUCCUAUUUGCGACACAGCUACACUCAUGCUGGGAUAUACAGAAGGUGCUAAUGGUUGAAGGUAAUGAUAAUCGAGCCCAAUCAUUGCCCGCAAGUCGUUCUGUCGUCACAAGUCUUACUGUACACGAGCCGCAUCAUAAAGCUAGCAUUCCUAUAAGACCAGCAAUGGGAAAUAGUGACCCGCAUGGCAAAGAAAAGCAAGGACGAUCAAAGGCAGUUCGAAUGCUUCCUACGUCCGAGGUCCAUAUUGAUCAUGGAAAUCCAAUCUUGAGCCUCUGUGAAUCCCUAGUCCAGGGAACUGGCGAUGUUUGUGGCUAUCUCUCUGAGGAUGACAACCGAUACUACGUGUACAAGGUAUCUCAACAGCAAACCGACAGUUUUGUCACGAUAGAUCAAAUACUUCGGAGGGAAGUAUCACCAUUUCCUAGCCGUCGAAAGCGAUACGAACUCUCCUUCAUUUUAGCAUCUUCGUUUCUACAGCUUGUUGGCACCCCUUGGCUCCCCGAGGCAUGGAAAAAGUCGGACAUUGUCUUUAUCGGUAAUGACAAGAGCGCCCGCACGAUUGUCCUCGACCAGCCUCAUCUCAAACGCGACUUUAUGGACAAUGUUAGAUCUAAGGAUGAUCAGAAUCUACAGAAAUUAUCAUCCAACAUAAAUACGAAUGGCAGAAGUAUAAAGGCUUCCCGAUCACUGGAACUACUAGGCAUCAUUCUCCUAGAGCUAUGUUUCGGUAAAUUACUCGAAGACCAACCGUAUCGCAAGGAUGAUUGGCCCGUUGGAGAGAAUGACACACAGAAAGACUUAUUCGAUGUCAUUGCCGCCCAGAAAUGGAACGACGAAGUCAACGAGGAAGCGGGAAACGACUUUGACCAAGCAAUCAGAUGGUGUCUCGAGGGACAUCACAGCACCCCGCCUGAGAAAUGGAGGCAUGAGAUGCUGAGACGGGUCGUCCAACCACUUGAGAAAUGUCACAAGUACCUUUCUCAAGGAUGAUACUUUUCCAAGGUUAUUCGAGAAGAAGCGGUUAUAUACGCAGUUUAACUGGCUCCUCGAUGCCCUUUUGAUGAGAUUAUAGUGUAUAAGAGGGGAAAAUAUAUCUUGUAUGAUAUUAACUAUGUCAUCUCAAAUAUAUAGCUGCCUAGCAGGAGAGUACUCAAGUAUCAAGUCUCAAGUGUAGCGAAGACCUAAGUUGCCAAACCUACAUCCUAGUGAAGCUACCGAGAUAUAGCCGUCUACCUUACUAGAGUAAAGAAAAAAGAAAGAGGAGAAAGAGAAAGAUGAGCACCUAACUAUAAGGAGAUGAGAUAAGUUUCG